UUCGAUCUUCUCUGCCUAUUUCUUCAACAAUCUCCUAAAUAUUUCUCACCAAAAUUCAUCAAAUUCAAAGGGGAAGGAUGCCCAGGUGCAAGAAUGCUUCAUCACGUCAAGAAUCGGCAGUAGUAGAAGGUGAGAGGUCAUGGCGUCGUGAAGGGAGCAAGUACAUUCACAUCCAAACCGGACUCGCCUUCAACACUAGGGCUUCAGCCGAGAGGUUCCACAACAUCUUUCUCACGAAAGAGAUUGUCUCACCUAAGAUCGUGAACAAGGACCUCUACAAAUCGGCGACCUAUGCCCCAAGUAAGUCUCUUUUCUCUCAGCAAGGAUUGCUUCGUUUCAUCCAUUUGACGUAUGAAUUCUUUUGUCCAAAUCUUAUACGACAAUUUUAUGUAAAUCUUAUUCGUUUCAUCCAUUUAACAUAUGCAAAUCUCAUUUCCUAUGUUGACGGAAAAACCGUUUUCAUUGACGGUGCCGGUUUGACUUCUCUGUUUGGCCUUCGUCGAGAUGAAAUCACCAAAAACUUGGAUGAAACAUUCCAAGAUAAGGCAAUUUGGCGACAACUCGGGUUAGAUCAUCGUGACCUCAAGUUUAGAAAUUCUAGCAACCCGAGUGACAUUAAUCUCACUUUAAUUCAACGCGUCCAACAAUACAUCUUUUCCUAUGUUUUGUUGCCCCGUGAUUCGAACCAUGGCGUUGUCAACAAGGACGAUAUUCGUUUGUUUCACAUCCUAUUGAACAAUGUCAAAUUUGAUUGGGUUCACUUCUUUAUCAUUGCACUUAGCGAUGGCACUCGUUUUUCCCAUCUCCGUUUUGCCAUCCCCAUCAUGCAUAUCCUUGCACAUUCCAAAAUAGACUUUACUCGGGACACUCAGGUGCCGGUCAAGAAAACUUGUUUCAUCCCUGAAGCCAAGUUUCCCCAGAUCGUGUACCGUGAGGAGGGUGAUGCUGCACCAAAUCUGGACCUAAUAGUCGCAGACGAAGAAGAGAGCCAAAACGAGACUCAAGCUGAGUCAUCUCGUGCUGGAGGAAGUCGAGCCACGAAGCGCAUCACUCAUCAACGCAGGACUCGUCCAAGAGAAGAAGCACCGGAACCUUCUUGGGUGAAGAGGAUCUUCGAUACUCUCACGUGCAUCAGAGAUGACGUUCGCCAGCCCAACGAGAGGAUGACUCGUUUUGAGCAAUCCCGCUCCUACUGUGGCCCGCGUCACAGCUUUAGCGGAGGAGCUCGUCCGGCGAACUCUCUUUGAUUAUAUUCCUUCUAUCUUGACUUAUUAUGAUACUUUGUUAUCUGCUAUUGUUAUGACUCUUUUGAUGAAUGAUUAUGUUGCUAAUUAUGUAUUUGUGUGUUUGGCAAUGUAGUUCUCUUCUAGAACAUAUUGUCCCUUUGUGGCAUUCCUUUUAGAAGUUUUUUUUUAGAAAAUUUCUUGCAAAUUUAUCCUUCAAUAUCCCGGCAUUGAUUAAGGGGGAAGAAAAAAUUGGACUUAAAUUGCAAAUGACACGGGAAGUGGGGUGAAUUUGUAUUUGAGUUACUUCUGAAUUAAAAGAAUUUUGUUGAAAUCCAAAUCCAAUCCCAAACACACUAAUUCACUUCAGCCAUCCAGCGCUAGCACAUCCGGCAUCACCUCCGACCUGGGAUCAAUUCCAUCCUUUUCGUUCGAGUGAAUUCAUUAAUCGAGCCCUUUGUGAAGAGCUUCUGCAGCUGCCCCAGAUUCAUUCGUUGAUCAACAACUUCUUCUCAAUCGUUCGGCCAGAUUCAUCGUUCUUCUUCACAAUUGUUCGGCCCCUUCAUUGAUUCAGGGCCAACUAUCUCGCGCUCAAAUUGAGUUAUUGGUGGAUACAGUGCUGAAACUUUACCCUCAAGAAGUUCAAAUGUAUCAAUCUUUUACAAAGAAAGAACUUAGUGUUGCUUACUUAGAGGGAGUUUUAUGAAUUAAAGUGAAAUUAUUAUCAUUAAGUUUAUUAAAUUCUAUAUUUUUUAUAAAUGUUGUCAAUGCUUGCAGGCUGCUACUUUAUGUAAGAAUAAGGUAGAACAAAAAUUGUUAAAUAUAGUCUCGAGGAAACAACACAUGUAAGGCAAUUUUAUAUAGAUGAUGAACUUGUUACUUUGUUUUUUGUCUUUGAGAACCAAUUGUAAAAUGAGGACAUGUGAAUAUGGUUUUAUACUUUACUUUUCAAGAUAUGAUUUUAGGCAUCACUCUACAUUAUUUUAUAAAAUAUGAUGAAAAUUAAUACCACAAUUGGUUUGGGACCUGCAGGUGCAAUGUCAAUCAAAGAAGGAUAACACGAAAAAAUGGGCAAUGAAUUGUGGUCCAAGCUUGAAGUGAUGGUCUCAACCUAGCUCUGCGUGAAUCUUUAUCCACACAUUAAUUUGUUUCUCCUCUUCAUUUUAGAUACAUUUGAAUAAAUUUAUAACUCAUGUUUUUAGACACAAUAUUGGACGAACAACUUAAUUAUUGUUAGAUCGU